AUUCGAGUUUGAGCAAUUAUCAUUUUCUAUUCUUUUACUAAAUUAMUAAAUAUCAGUCAGAAUGGUAGUACUUCCAUAAGUUCUUCUGAAGCUCUAUUGYAUCAUCUGUAAUCUUUGAAGUGCAGUCGUUACGGAGACUUCAGAGCCAUUGCCGUGACGAGAAGAAACUGAAACAACGAAUUCAAACACGUCAAAGAACCRCAAUUGCGUCGAAGCAGUCAUUCAGGAACAAAGAUCUUUCUCAUAGGACGACCRUAGAGAGCAUUACAUUUUGGUCGUCGUCGUCCAAUCCCAAGAUGCCCUUUGCUUUCGAUAGCUUGCGACAAAUGGCUYCCCCCGACAUUGUCGGUUCCAAAGGUUCUUCCAAGAAGGGUUUYGGAUUUGGCGGUGCAAUCGAUCUCAGUGGRAAGGAAAAGCAYCUCGACGAUCUCAUUGCACAAGAUUUCAAUGAACUUUCCUUUCACGACCGCAACGCCAUCAACGAAGAAAUGCACGGUGUAUUGAAUCUAGCCCCAGAAGAAUCACCUGAAAUGAUAGCGUCAGCGGUUCACAGACUUUCGUUAGAUAUCGCUGCGAUUGAGCACAAACCUGCCUUCGACAGAAGCCAGAAAUGGAACUACCUAUCUGCUCCGGGGGGCAUUGACUUUUCAWGGAAAGUUAGCAGUUACAACAAAAAGUCUCUCGCCACCGGGAUGCUCUCRACCUACGUAAACACACUCGACUUUCGACUUAGAUUCCUUCGGGCCGAGCUCUUUGAUACGAAAAAGGCGGCCGUGCGAAUUGUGAAGUACUUGGAAAUGAAAAUGGAUUUGUACGACAACAACGAGGAACUACUUCGACGGCCUGUUUUAUUAAGUGAUUUAAACUCCAAAGAGGAGAAGGAAUACAUCAAGUUGGGAAAUCACCAACUCCUGCCGUUUCGAGAUCGGAGUGGAAGGCGGGUAGUAUCGAUGAUUCCGGACGUAUCCGGUAAUGCACCGUCCGUGAGGUUUCGGGUAUGUUUUCCUCGCUUCGAAUGCAAUAGGACCGACAUCAUCUUCAGAAUCGUAAUGUUUGUGCCGAUUGAUUCUUAUAUUUCCUCAUCAACUUAGAAAUAAUUGAUUUCUGUAAGUCUUUCGGAAUAACUCUCACUUCUUGAUUUAUUCUUUUCUCAGGGAAAGAUCUUUCUUUAUUUGUGGUGGGUCGCGUCGGACAACGAGGAGACCCAAAAAAGAGGCGUUGUGCUGGUGAUAUGGCCUCAGAUCCCGGAAGAGUCACCACGUCGCAAGCCUUACGUCCCGCCAUCCGAAGGACCGGYUUGGUGGUUGAAUUUCAUAGAAUCUGUUCCGGUCCGGAUUCUUGCCUUUCACUUUUGCAACAAUAGAGCUGCAGGGAAUGUGUUGAAACUUGUUUUUCAUUAUGUCGGUUCGGUGCUCAUCAAGCAGAGGAUACGGAUGAAAAUUCACACAGGUAUGCACUUUUUUCCUCGGGACAAUCUAUGACUGUUACAGCCUUGUUGCUGAGGCAUUUGCAUUCGAAUCUCACCCGUUUGAUCUUAAUCUCUUGUUGCAUCGCGGUGGUGUGCCGUUUUACAGGUGACCGAACCGAAAUAUCUUACCAACUCCUGGGAUAUGGAAUUCCGGUCGACCUUUUGCCAUUGRCUGUUAGCGGGAACAUCAAAACAAAGAAUUUAUUGCAAUGGUUGAAAGUUCGGAAAGUCAUGGAGGAUAGUAAGUACAUUGACGAAAAUGGAGUCGGAAUGCCAGUUCCCAACAGUUUUUUCAAUGACAACAUCGAGUGCCCUGGUUUGAACGACGUUAUCUUUCGGUCAGGAAAGAACCACAUGAGCCAUCCUGGAAAUGUAAUGUUCCAGGGCCUCAUUGAAUCGAGACACGACGAGCAUUCCGUUGCUCACCAAGACGACAAGGCGGUUAUUACCUGGUGGGUAAUGGAGCAAGUGGAAUUGAAAGGUGGUCGCUUUUUGGAAUGGAACAAUCAAGGAAUGUGGUCUCAGAUCCCGGACAGGACACACAUCCGAUCGAAGGUAUCGUCUUCGUUUCGAACGUUUCGUAGGAAACUAAAUGCGUUCAAAAAUAGCCAGCUGAACGAGAGCWGUACCUCCAAAUUCGAACAGCAAGAUGGCAACAAACGCAGGAAAGUAGAAGAUGGCGCCUUUUGCAAUCCGACGGAAAUGAUGUUUUGAAUUAAACGGGAAGGUCAGACYGAUUUAGGUCUUUCAUUUCAUUUUGCUCGAUGAAAAAGAGACCGAAUUCAAGAUCCCGAUCAUCAUARAUUAUUUCAAAAACUAGUGCAAUAAUAUAAGGUUGUUGUG